GCUGCUGGGAGUAUCCUUGAGAGGAGGCGACGAGAGCUCGGCGGCGCGAUGUGUUGGUCAGUCCAGUGCUCUGGUCGCUCCUGAACACACGGCCGGUCGCAGGGACUCACUGCCGUCACCUUCACUCAGCCGCAUCUGCUGCUACACCUCAGCAAAACCUUCAUCUUAGGCAGCUUGAGCUUUUACUUGGUGAGUCAUGAGACAGCCGGUGUUAUGGAUGGUGGCGACGGUGGUGGUGGCGGUGGCGUGGGUGGGAGAGGCGGCUCCCCGCAGCCACCCUAUUAGCAGGGUUCGCAGGGACAGCGAUUGCGACACGCCUUCCGACGCCGACCGCAGCCUGCAGGACCUGGGGCAGCAGCAAGGCGCCGAGUUGGCAGCCGCAGGAGGCUCAACCCUGCCAAGCCCAGGCAUGCCGCUCCCACCACUUGCCUCUCCCCCUGCUGUUCCAGCCCUUCCACCCACGAUGGCAGCCCCUGCCGUACCAAUCCCUGCCCAGCCAGCUCCUGCCCCACUAGUGGCCCCUGCCCCAGUUGUCCCUGCCCCAGCUGCCCCUGUCCCACUAGCAGCCCCUGUCCCACCAGCAGCUCUUGCCUCUGCCGCAGCAGCUCCUGUUCCUCCAGCAGCCCCUGCCCAUACAAUGGCUGCUCCUGCCCCUGCUGCCCCUCCAGCAGGCCCUGCUCCUACACUGGCUGCCCCUGCCCCUGUCCCUGCCGCCCCUUUCCCAGCUGCCCUUGCCCCACCUGCCCCUGCCCCUAGAAUGGCUGCCCCUGCCCCUGCCCCUGCUGCACCAGCUCCUGCCCCUCCAGCAGCCCCUACCCCUACAAUGGCUGCCCCUGCCCCUGCCGCACCAGCUCCUGCCCCUCUAGCUGCCCCUGUCCCUCCGGCAGGCCCUGCUCCUACAAUGGCUGCCCCUGCCCCUGCUGCCCCUGCCCCAUCAGCCCCUGCUCCUACAUUGGCUGCUCCUGCUCCUGCUGCCCCUGCUCCUGCUGCCCCAGCCCCAGCUGCCCCUGCCCCACUAGCCCCUGCCCCUCCAGCAGCCCCUGCCCCUAGAAUGGAUGCCCCUGCUCCUGUUGCCCCUGCCCCACCAGCCCCUGCCCCUGCAUUGGCUGCCCCUGCUCCUGCUGCCCCUGUCCCACCAGCCCCUGCCCCUCCAGCAGCCCCUGCCCCUACAUUGGCUGCCCCUGCUCCUGCUGCCCCUGCCCCAGCUGCCCCUGCCCCACCAGCCCCUGCCCCUCCAGUAGCCCCUGCCCCUACAUUGGCUGCCCCUGCUCCUGCUGCCCCUGCCCCACCAGCCCCUGCCCCUCCAGCAGCCCCUGCCCCUACAUUGGCUGCCCCUGCUCCUGCUGCCCCUGUCCCAGCCGCCCCUGCCCCACCAGCCCCUGCCCCUCCAGCAGCCCCUGCCCCUACAUUGGCUGCCCCUGCUCCUGCUGCCCCUGCCCCAGCCGCCCCUGCCCCACCAGCCCCUGCCCCUCCAGCAGCCCCUGCCCCUACAUUGGCUGCCCUUGCUCCUGCUGCCCCUGCCCCAGCUGCCCCUGCCCCACCAGCCCCUGCCCCUCCAGCAGCCCCUGCCCAUACAUUGGCUGCCCCUGCUCCUGCUGCCCCUGCCCCAGCUGCCCCUGUCCCUGUCCCUAGAAUGGCUGUCCCUGCCCCAGCUGCCCCUGCCCCGCCAGCGGCACCUGCCCCAGCUGCCCCUGCCCCACUAAUGGCCCUUGCCCCAGCUGCCCCUGCCGCACCAGCCCCUGGCCCUAGAAUGGCAGCUCCUGCUCCAGUUGCCCCUGCCCCAGUUGCCCCUGCCCCAGCUCCCCUUGCUGCAGCUGCCUCCAUCUCUCCCCUCGCCCCAGGUUCUGGUGAGGUGUUCUCCCCCGCUGCCUCCAUAUCCUCGGGGACACAGCCCAGUCUUACAACCAGUCCAGUCCACGCCCAAAAGGCAGCCUCAUCCCUUGUGUCUCGGCAAGACUCUCGACGGGAUGAUGACGACGACGACGACGAUGAUGACACCGUAUCCACACCAUCUACAGUUUUGGUGCCCCCUCAUGCAGCUCUCCGCAAACAGGCCGCCCCAGCACCCGCCCCAGAACUGGCCGCCUCUCCCUCUCCCGCCUCCCCUGAUUCCGCUGAGAGGCUCAUGCCAUCUGCUCCUGCUGCUUCUGGUCGUCCCCUGGCACUGACUGCCCCUGCCUCACCUUCACCUGCUGCCCCUGCCCCAGCUGCUCCUGCCCCACCAGCUCCUACCCUUCCAGCAGGUCUUGCUCUUAGAAUGGCUGUCCCUGCCCCUGCUGUCCCUGCCCCAGCCGCCCCAGCUGCACCAGCCCCUGCCCCUCCAGCAGCCCCUGCCCCUACAUUGGCUGCCCCUGCUCCUGCUGCCCCUGCCCCAGCUGCCCCUGCCCCUACAUUGGCUGCCCCUGCCCCAGCUGCCCCUGCCCCAGUUGCCCCUGCCCCACCAGCCCCUGCCCCUACAUUGGGUGCCCCUGCUCCUACUGCCCUUGCUCCGGUUGUCCCUGCUGCACCAGCCCCAGCCCCUAGAAUGGCCGCCCCUGCUCUUGCCCCAGUUGCCCCUGCCGCACCAGCUCCUGCUCCUCCAGCAGCUCCUGCCCCUGUUCCUAAGCUAGCAGCUCCUGCGCCACCAGCAGUCCUUGUCUUAGCAGCUCAUCCAGCUCCCGCUUUCCCAGCAGUCAUGGCCCUCGCCUCCCCGCUGAACAAGCCUUCCAGUGAGAAGGUGUCGGUCUCAGCGUCCCUGCCUUCCGUGAAGCCACUGAAUGACCAGGUGAUGAUGCUGUCCUCGCUGGCAAUGGUGCAACACCCUGCUGCCAAAAUAAAUGACGAUGACGACGACGAUGACGACGACAAGCGCUCGAAGGCGAGGAUGCAUGGCAGUAGGCUUGCCAUCAAGACACCCCUCAAGGAAUGCAAAGGCAAGUGUAUGUUCAGGACCAGCGACGGCUCCUGCUAUCAAGACUACCUGUGUGCUUCCAAGAUGCUGUAGGCUUCUACACACACACACACACACACACACACACACACACACACACACACACACACACACACACACACGUUAUUAUGGGCAUUUCAAAGUAUAGCAACACACGCUUUAUAUCCUUAGAUUAACCAACCAAGCCAUAAUCUAAGAAUUAUAUCAAGUUAUAUCAUCCUUAACUUCUAAAAAAUAAUUCUGUAAUUAACGAAUAAACGAACAAGUAGGUAAAUGAAUGCCUAAGUGGCCCAAGGCAGAUAGUAGCAAAGGACAAGAAUGUUUGUCCGUCAGCCCGUCCAUUGCAGUAUCACUAGCCUUUCAGAUGCUGUCAGUAACGUUCAUUGUAGAUCAUGCUGUCAGUACCAUUCAUUGUAGCAUCAUAAUCAGGCUACCCAUGCUAGUUGCUGUAGCACCAUAAGUAAAAUGUAUUCGUUGUAGCGCCAAAUCUAGAUAUCAAUACCAUUCACUGUAACAUGAUUAGGCUACCAGAACAGCGCGCCAAAACAGUUAUCAACACCAUUCAUCGUAACAUCAUAAUACCAAUACUAUAUGUAGUAGAAUCAUAAAUAGCCUUCAUGUAGCGCCAAAACUAUUUAGGCUACCCAUACAAACAUUACGUCCUACACUUCACGAUUCACAAACUUAUCCACUGCUGUCUAUUAUCCUUUCUGCAUAGACCACAGCAGCACACUCAGGCCCACAUCACCACAUAGCACCAGCAUUCUUAUUUCCGUACCUCCUGCGCCAAGUUUUGUUAGGGCAACACUCAAUGGCGUACUGAAUACUGAUACUCCUUCACUUUAUACUUGAUGCAGUGCUUGUCAUUGAUAGGUCUGUUCUCGGUAGCGAUGAUUGGGGAACUAUUCGUGUUUUAAAAGUUAUUUAUUUAUUUUUUCUCUCAUCAGGACUAUUUUUUCAAGGGUUACAGAAAUUUGUCGGGUCCUCAUAGAUAUUAUUCCUUUUGACUUAUUAAAUUUUCUCUGCAGUCAAAAUAUUCGUAGAAAUCUCACAAGGUUGCACUGUAUUCUGUUCAGUUCUCGAGGUAGUGCGCAUUAUGGUUUUCAGUGCUUUCUUAUUUAUGAAGUGUAAUCAUAUUCAUGAUAUAAACACUUACAAACAAUUGUAUACAUGGAUUUGCUCAAUCAUUAUUAACAAAACUUUCAUAUUUACCCAAUACAAGAUCAUUCAUCACGUCCCCGACUCCAAGCUAUUUCUUGCUGUAUUUCAAGCAGUUUUCCCAUUCUUUGUUAUAUCAUGAAUAUGUUCACAUACCUUGUUAUAUUAUAGACAUGAAUAAAAUAUUCAUUGUUUAGUAUA